AUGUCGAACAAGAUUCAAAAUUACAAGGACGAAGUAGCGUCGCAGGUAUGGAUUUGAAAAGGUCGUUUGUUUUACUUUUUUUUAGGACGACCGUGAUGAACUCCAAGAUGCUUCACGACAAAGGACUAUUGCUGACAGACAAAGCGACUAUCAUAGCCGGGCCAGGAAACGGCCUAUUUCUCCUGAAAGAGCUGAUAUGUUUAGUAAGCGUUUGUUUGCGGUUUGUGUACUUUAUACUUUUAGUUGAACAGACUCCAGACGGCAGAGACUAUGCAGCUAUCAUGCAGGAGAGAGCAUUCGAGGCCGAGAAUCAACAAGUUCAGCGGGAGUUGCUUAAUAGAUACAAAUCUGGCGAUCUCAAAGUUGUUGAAGAACCGACGGAAAAGAAGAGUAAAAUAGAAGAUGCGACACCUACUCAGGGUCCAAGGAAACGACUCGGUAUUAAUCAGCCGUUAUCUGCUGCGGCAGUCGUAAGUCCAUCUAUCUUUCAUGUCCUUGGUGUUGAUAUUUGGCAAAGAAGACGGUUUUCUAAUUUAGGCACAAACUCCUCAAGUCAAUCAGUGGGACGAGACUCCUGUCAGGAUCGGGAAUGGUGAUGCGACACCAGCUGCUGGCCAAAACUGGGGAACGACUCCUUCCCAGAGUGUUCGAAGAAACCGAUUCGACGAAACUCCCAAGGUUGAUGGUGGAUUGACUCCAGGUUGGGGGGCUGAGACUCCAUACGAAUCGAAGGCAGAUAUCCUCGAAUCUCGAGUUGAUGCUACUCCGGGUUCUAAACGACGUUCAAGAUGGGAUCUUACACCUGGACAGACUCCUGGGGCUGAAACUCCGAUGAAUAGUCUGGAUAUGACGCCAUCAGCAACACCAGGUGUUGGACAAACUCCACUCCUGACGCCCGGAGGUUCGACUCCAGUUGGAAUGAAUGCCAUGAACAUGAAAACGCCAGCUGUACCUAUGAUUCCCAUGACGCCGGAACAAAUGGCCAUUUACAAGCAUGAAGCCGAGCUUGAAAGUCGAAAUCAGCACAUCUCGGAUGAAGAGUUGAAUGCUCUCUUCCCACCUGGUUACAGAGUUUUGGCCCCUCCUCCUGGAUAUAAUCCAAUCAGAACUCCAUCUCGCAAGCUCUUGGCCACACCGACUCCUAUGGGUGCUGGUGGUCUAGGGGGAUUUAGCAUUCCGGAUACCCCCGAGAGAGGUGGUGCUGGGGAGAAGGUCGGAGCUGGAGGGAUAUUGGACACACAACCGAAGGACAAGGAUCUUCCGGCGUUGAAACCGGAAGAUAUUCAAUAUUUCGAAAAGCUGUUGGAAGAUGUUGACGAAAGCACAUUGACUAAGGCGGAAAAAAAUGAAAGGGAGAUAAUGGGGUAUCUGCUUCGGAUAAAGAAUGGAACUCCACCUCAGCGAAAAACUGGACUUAGGAAGAUCACCGAAAAUGCACGAAAGUUGGGAGCGGGGCCGUUAUUCAAUCAGAUCCUUCCGCUUUUAAUGUCUCCUACAUUGGAAGAUCAGGAAAGACAUCUCAUGGUCAAGGUAAUUGAUCGUAUUCUCUACAAACUCGAUGACCUCGUACGGCCCUAUGUUCACAAGAUUCUUGUUGUCAUCGAGCCAUUACUUAUUGAUGAAGAUUACUACGCUCGAGUCGAAGGAAGGGAGAUAAUCUCCAACUUGGCCAAGGCCGCCGGUCUAGCUACGAUGAUUUCAACAAUGCGGCCAGAUAUCGACAAUGUUGAUGAAUAUGUUAGGAAUACCACAGCUCGAGCUUUUGCGGUAGUUGCCUCCGCUCUGGGGAUUCCGGCCCUUUUGCCAUUUUUGAAAGCCGUCUGUAAGAGCAAAAAAAGUUGGCAGGCACGGCACACUGGUAGGUUAAGUUGUUUAAAAGUUACUGUGACAUUUAGGUAUCAAAAUUGUACAACAAAUCGCUAUUUUAAUGGGAUGCGCGGUUCUGCCACAUCUUAAGGCUUUGGUUGAAACUGUCGAGAAUGGCCUCGUGGAUGAACAACAGAAGGUUAGGACCAUCACGGCCUUAUGUUUAUCUGCAUUAGCCGAAGCCGCUGCUCCAUAUGGAAUUGAAGCUUUUGAUUCUGUCCUAAAGCCUCUAUGGAAGGGCAUAAGAAGUCAUCGAGGAAAAGGACUUGCUGCAUUCUUGAAAGCGAUUGGGUUCCUUAUUCCGCUGAUGGAUGCCGAAUAUGCUUCAUAUUAUACCACCGAAGUUAUGAUUAUUUUGAUCAGAGAAUUCAACUCUCCAGAUGAAGAAAUGAAAAAGAUUGUGUUGAAGGUAAAACUCUUUGUUGGGUAUAUAUUUUUUAGGUUGUGAAACAAUGUUGUUCCACUGAUGGAGUGGAGGCGAAAUACAUACGCGACGAGAUCCUCCCACCGUUCUUCCGGGCGUUCUGGAAUCGUCGAAUGGCGUUGGAUAGAAGAAAUUAUAAGCAGUUGGUCGAUACUACAGUGGAGAUCGCUCAGAAGGUGGGUAUCCCAAGUAUUUUACAGGGUGUAACACUAUAAACUGGGCACUUGUGCAAACGUGUAAUGCGUCCAAGAAUCCAUCACCAAGGUUUUCAGACAAGAACACUUAUAAUUGUUUUGCCAUUAUAAGUGCUCAGAACGAAGGCCCCUGAAACACGGACCCCAAGUUAGUUAAAAAUUGGUGACACUAGCUUUACCUUUGGAUGCUAGGGGCCGAAAUCUACAUUUUAUGACAGUAGCGGUCGCUUUUUAUACACUAAAAUUGAUUUUGCCUAAUUACAACUAUUACACUUUUUACUUGCGGUCAAAGUUUUCUUAAAAACACGCCUUUUUCGGAAAAUUUCCGUUAAAUGAAAAAUUUUUAUGUUGAAGUUUACAUGUGUGAUUCCAAGCAUCUUUAGGCACCAGGUCUUUUAUAAUGAUAACCAGAGUCUGACUAGUUACUUUUGGAAAAGUAUUUUUUUAUCUACUGCAUGGUCGCUCUUCUAAUGAGCUUGGGUUAAAGAUUGCUAUAAAAGUUGUUCGCCUGUGUCAUCAUGUAUCCAGUUUGCAGCGCUAUGUUUAUUUUUACUCUCAAGUGCUUUCCAACACGUUGUAAACUGCCAAAACUUUAAACUGUAAGAAUUGGUGAUGCAUAUGCUCUGUAAUCACGGAAUUUCGGAGCAACCCGAACGAUACUCUGGCGUUGAGGUCCUUAAAAGCGCAAAAUCCGAAUUUUCGUAGAACGUACUUUACAUACAAUAAACUUGAAGAACCUUAGUUAGCGGAAAUAAUGUGCGAAUUAAUUCCCCGCUCAUUCUUCGGAAAAAUUUUCAAAAACUUUUGGUUAUUUUUUCAUUCUUGCAAUAGGCCCCAACCUUGACAUUACCCUGGCUGUGUAGAACGGCUUUUACCCUUACUAAAAGGGCGAAAAUUUUUCGUUCUUAGGCCACCCGAAAAAUGCCAUAUGGAAUUGAUGGUUGUCCAGGUUUUAUUGGCGCACCCUGUAGUGUUAAAAUGUUUAGGUUGGCUCCGUGGAAAUCAUAGGAAGAAUCGUUGACGACUUAAAGGACGAAACAGAGCAAUAUAGAAAGAUGGUGAUGGAGACUAUUGAGAAUAUUAUUAGCUUGAUGGGAGCUUCCGAGAUUGAUCCGCGUCUUGAGGAACAACUAAUCGACGGAAUUCUUUACGCUUUCCAGGAACAAACCCAAGAAGUAAACCCUUAUUGUUAGUUUAAUAUUCUGGUCUUUAGGAUGCUGUUAUGUUAAAUGGAUUUGGCACCGUUUGCAAUGGCCUGGGUCUUCGAGCGAAGCCUUAUUUCCCUCAAAUUUGCGGUACCAUUUUGUGGAGGUUGAACAACAAAUCUGCGAAGGUUCGUCAACAGGCUACUGACUUGGUAAGUCAUUAAUGAAACAUAUAGUAUGAUGCCUAUUAGAUUGCUCGAAUUGCUCCGGUAAUGCACAUUUGCGACGAAGAGAAGCUGAUGUGUCAUUUGGGUGUCGUCCUGUACGAAUAUUUGGGAGAGGAAUACCCUGAAGUUCUUGGUUCCAUUCUGGGCGCUUUGAAUGCGAUUGUUACGGUGAUAGGAAUGACCAAAAUGAAUCCUCCGAUCAAGGACCUUCUCCCGCGACUCACUCCCAUCCUGAAGAAUCGGCACGAGAAAGUGCAAGAGAAUUGUAUCGAGCUGGUGGGGAAGAUUGCAGACAGAGGAAGUGAAUUUGUUUCUGCCAGAGAAUGGAUGAGAAUCUGCUUCGAGUUACUCGACCUUCUGAAGGCUCAUAAAAAGUCAAUUCGUCGAGUGGCCAUCAAUACGUUCGGGUACAUCGCUAAGGCUAUUGGUCCUCAUGAUGUUUUGGCGACGUUACUGAGUAACUUGAAAGUUCAGGAGCGUCAAUUGCGUGUGUGCACAACUGUUGCCAUAGCCAUUGUCGCCGAAACAUGCGCUCCGUUUACUGUGUUACCAGCCAUCAUGAACGAAUAUAGAGUGCCGGAAAUCAAUGUUCAAAAUGGUGUAUUGAAGGCCUUGUCAUUCAUGUUUGAAUACAUUGGAGAAAUGGCUAAAGAUUAUAUCUAUGCAGUUACUCCGUUGCUGAUUGAUGCCUUGAUGGAGCGGUAGGUAACUUGGAAAUACGAAAAUUUUAUUAAUCUUUAGUGAUAUUGUUCAUCGUCAGAUUGCUAUCGAUGCAGUGGCACAUUUAACCUUAGGCGUAUAUGGAUUUGGCUGUGAAGAUGCGUUAACACAUUUGAUGAACCAUGUCUGGCCUAAUAUGUUAGAAAACUCGCCUCAUGUUAUUCAAAGAUUCGUAUUUGCGUGCGAUGCAAUGCGUGUUUCGCUGGGGCCGAUAAGAGUUAUGCAGUAUUGCAUUCAAGCCCUUUGGCAUCCUGCGCGGAAAGUCCGCGAACCUGCGUGGAAGGUGUUUAAUAAUCUUAUCCUUGGCUCUCAAGAUGCAUUAGUCGCCGGCUAUCCACGGUUCAAUGACACCGACAGGAACACCUUCUCCAGAUACGAAUUGGAUUACGUUUUAUAG